AUGGCUGAAAGAAAACACCUUCAACUCCAUGGCCACCGCCCCUCCGCCCUCAAAAUCUCCAAACACUCCCACAAUAUCGAAAAGCCGCCGCCGCCGCAGCACCGCCCCGUCAUAAUCUACACCGACUCCCCCAAGAUCAUCCACACCAAUCCUACCCAAUUUAAGGACUUAGUCCAACGCCUCACUGGCUGCCAACCUGAUACUCCUGACAUUCAUCAGGUCCAAUCCAAGACAAUAUCAAUGUCUAUGUCGAUGCCAACGAGUAGUACCGAACAAGGAGUCGAGAGUGUAGGUUGUUUCCCAACUGGGAUAUUACCUCCGACGUCGGAGUUGCUACUACCCAUUAUGCCAAUGCCGCCAUCGGCGUCAACGGAUCUCAGCUCUCUCACCCACUACUUCCAAGACAGCUCCAUAGCUCCUAAUAAUUUUGCAUCGUCGCUAGAUUUCUUCGAUAACUUCCCUCAUUUUCAUUAA